UUUCAUUGGAGAGGGCAGUUAGAGAAUUUCUAGUAAUUUUUCGUUGUUCUCGUCGAACAGGCAGAAGAAUACCCACCCGUCCCCUGACGGCUCUAGUUGAAUAACAGUUAUCUAUCUAGGGCAUUUUUCUUGUUAGUUAUCUCAACUGCCGACCUUUAACUCCCAAGCGUGUAGACACCGUCGAUAUUCCCGCCACAAUGGCCACCCCCUCAAUCCUUGUCGUCGGCGCCGGCGAGCUCGGAACAGCCGUAGCGACAGCACUCGCCAAGCACCCGCACCGCCGCAGAGGCAAAAUCGGCGUGCUCCGGCGCGCCGAGACGCAGCGGUCGGCAGACUCCGCCAAGCAGGCCGAGACGGCGCGCCUCAGCGCGCUAGGCGCAGUGCACGAGACGGGCGACUUUGUCAGCUCGUCCGUCGCCGAGCUUGCCGACGUGUUCCGCCGCUACGACGUCGUCGUUCAGUGCGGCGGCUUCGGACUGCCCGCCGGCACGCAGCUGCGGGUCACGGAGGCCGCGCUGCGCGCUGGCGUACCCCGCUUCUUCCCCUGGCAGUUCGGUGUCGAUUACCCGACCAUCGGCCUCGGCAGCGCGCACGAGUUGUUCGACGAGAUGCUUGAGGUACGCACGCGCCUGCGCGGGCAGACGGCAACUCAGUGGACGAUUGUGUCGACGGGCUUGUUUAUGAGUUUCUUGUUUGUGCCUAGCUUUGGCGUCGUUCAGUUGGACAAGCGCGUCGUGCGCGCGCUCGGCAGCUGGGAGAACCGCGUCACUGUGACGACGCCCGAGGAUAUUGGUACCAUGGUUGCUGAGGCGGCGUAUGUGCCUGGUGACACGGUCAACAGCGUGGUGUUUGUGGCGGGCGAGACUAUCUCGUAUGGCAGGCUUGCCGACUUGUUGGACAGUGUCUCCGAGGCCAAAUUUGACAGGAAGUUGUGGGAUAUAGGGUACUUGUCAUCAGAACUGCAGAGUGAACCCAAUGACUUGAUGCUCAAAUAUCGGAAUAUCUUUGGGGCUGGGGUGGGCGUGGCUUGGGAUGUGGACAAGACGCUAAACCACCAGAGGGGGAUAGCCAUGACCAGUCUGGAAGAAUACGUUAGGGAGAACCGGGACCCUAAGUCACGUCGGUCACGAGUGGACCCCUGAACGUGCCAAUUCCGGAAUGUCGGUCCUCUGCGGUUAAAUU